AUGGCAGAUACAGAGAAACCUCAGGAAGUACGUGAGGAGCAUCCCACUACUUCCGCCACUGAAGGGACAGAUCUGAAGAAGACCCUUACUAUUGACACCGUCCACAACGAUGAAGCAAUGAAAGUGCUCGCCACAUACUCUGGCGAAGAAACAUGGGACGAGAAGGAAGAAAAGCGUGUCCAGAGAACAAUAGACAAGAGGUUGUUGCCAAUCCUCUGUGCCACUUAUGGGUUGCAAUACUAUGAUAAAGCAAUGAUUUCACAAGCGGCAUUAUUCGGACUUCGCACUGACUUGCAACUAACGGGAAAUCGUUACUCAAUGUCAUCAGCUAUAUUCUACCUCGGCUUCAUUGUCGGAGCAUACCCUGCCAUUUGGAUGGCCCAGAAAUACCCCAUCGAAAAAGUGGCAUCAGGGAUUGUGUGUCUUUGGGGCAUUUGUCUCAUUUGCACUACAGCAUGCACGAAUUGGCAGGGUCUCUACGCUCAACGCUUCAUGUUGGGCUUCCUAGAAUCUGGCAUUAGCCCAAUGUUCAUGCUCGUCGUUGGUCAAUUCUACAAGAAAAACGAGCAGGCCCUGCGCAUGGGCGCGUGGUAUUGUUGCACAGGAUAUGUAUCAAUCAUCGCUCCACUUAUCAACUACGGUCUCGGCCAUAUCACGGGAGCGUUAUCCCCCUGGCGUUAUAUGUACAUCGUCGCGGGCAUAUUAACCAUCCUCUGGUCAUCCGUCAUCUAUUUCUUCAUGCCCCCGGAUCCAGUACGAACGAAAAUCUUCAAAAGCGAACGAGAACGCUACAUUGCGGUCGCUAGACUAAGAGUGAACAACUCCGGCGUUAGGAAUACGCACUUCAAGAAAGAGCAAGUCUGGGAUCUCAUGACCGACCUAAAAUUCUGGAUCGUCUUCGCAAUGGCAUUUCUCAUGAUGAUUGCCAAUGGACCUGUUUCAACAUUCGCGCCUAUCAUCAUCUCUGGCUUCGGGUAUAACACCCUCAACUCAUUAUUGCUGGUCAUGCCCGCAGGAUUCAUCAUCGGCACUAUUGAACUACUGGCACCUUACAUCGCCUACAAAUAUCCCAAUAUGCGCUCAUACCUAGUCGUCAUCUGCGAAAUGGGAACAGUCAUUGCAGCCCUCUUGCUCUGGCUACUACCUCGCAGCGCCAAAGGGGGUCUCUUAUUCGGUGUUUUUAUCCUAGCCAGCUUUGGUGGCGCUUAUGCUGUGUUAAUGGGCAUGCAAAUCGCCAAUACGGCAGGCUAUACGAAGCGAUCGCUCUCUUCGUCUAUCCUCUUCAUUGGCUACUGUCUUGGUAGGCCUCCUGUGUUGAUCGUUAACUUGAAAGCCAAACUGACUCGAAAACUAACAGGAAAUUUUGUCGGUCCUCUCCUCUUCAAGCCUGAAGACGCCCCAGCUUAUGCACCUGGCUUCCAAGCCGUGGUGAUAACGUCUGCAAUCACUGCCGGUUUGGCGAUUGUCUAUCGUUUUGUCUGUGUGUGGGAGAACCGUAAACGUGACAAGGCCGGCACCCCGGAAGGGUUCGAGCACGCUUAUGAGGAUGACUUGACUGAUAGGAAGAACCCCCAGUUCCGUUACACGCUUUAG